UCGCUCUUGAGUAAAAUUUUUUAAAAGUUAAAUUUCAAGAGCAGAUUAUAUGUAUAUUUUGCCUUCACGUUGAAAAUGUGUUACUCUAACAAAAUUGACGUCGUAAAGCAAAUGAUUUUGUUAUUAUUUUUACUUCAUUAUGAACAUGGAUUAUCUCACAAUUUGAGAACAAAACGUUACUUUGUUUAUCCACCUCCUGGUAAUUUAACCGUAACGAAAGUACAGUUGAUUUUUGGUCUGGGUUUACCAAUGGAAGUCGAUGUCAGUACGAUUAUCGGAUAUGUGAUGAAAUGUAAUUACGCUUUGCCCUCCAACGCUUCGUACUUGACGAAUCCAUACAUUCGGUAUGCCAGAUCGAUGAAAUAUGGUGGAAAAGUAUUGAAAAAUUUUUCAUCUUCCUUGAAUGAAAAAGAUCGAGAUCAAUCAUCUAUUUCUGUCAAAUCAAUGACACGAUAUGAAAUUUAUCGAUUUUUUGAAAGUGCCAUUGAUACUUUUCAAUCGGGAAAGGCUUGUAUAUUGAGAGCUAUUUGCGAAUCAGCAGGGACAUCAUUGAACAAAAAUUCUGGUCUUUUUGCUCAACUUUUACAUACCUUUCUCACACCUUCUAGCACAAUUGAGAAAUUUGAAAAUUCUUACGAUCAAGAAUAUCAUGCAGCCGAGAUUAUUGGCAAAAAAGAACCGAACAAAUGUGAAUAUUUAUUUCACGAGUGUGAAAAUGACAUUUUAUCCCAUUUUACCGAAGUUUUCUGAAUGAAUUCCAUUCUUGGAAACGCAAUUUCUCCAACAUAUAUACAUUCGCAGAACCUUUUGCUUAAGUGCUACAUAAAAUAAGAUUUAUUGCUCAAAUUACUCCUUUGAGAUUUAAUUGCACUUACUUAGUCGGCAAGAUUCACUCGGAACAAAAAUUUUCACUUCAUUUCACAAUUACGUCAUUGUCGCUCAAGUUUAAUUGGAACUAUGAUCUCUCGCGA